GAAAACAACGGAAAUCGUUCUUCUAGAUCAUUGGCAUGUUGGGAUAGAAUGGCACGCUGAGAUGCCGUCAUGAUAGUGAUGGCAUUGGAUGGGUCGCUGAUCCAGUUCAGGACGGUUUGUAUCGUUUUUUGGAGAUUCUGAACCCCCAGUAAAUUUUCUGGCAUGGGCAUGAGACGCCAAUCGUAGCCGCCCACCCCAUUUGGUUCAUCAAUGCCAUAUACCUGCCCAUCAAAGGCGAGUUCGAUCGCAUCAGGUGGCCUCGGCGCCAGGACAUGGCCAUACAGCUGCGCUACGGCGCAAUACUGAGCAAUCAGUUCUCUACCGGGAGGAUUUGACCUCAGGCAUCCAAGAUAGUCAAAUACUGCAGCAAUAACAGAGGAUCGCUUGGCAAAUCCCGUCAGACUCACAAUGAUCUCCAACCUCAUGAUCUGAAAUCCCGAUACGUCGACCGGAAACGAAAUCCUCGGAACCCCCCGAUUUCCCUCCGGUAGCCAUUGUCGCUUUUUUAGCAGCCGAAAGAGCGAGCCGGGUCCGCGCCGUCCAAGAAUUUCGGCCAUUACAAAUCCAAUCUGAGUGGCCGUUACACUGCUCGCCAUCCGUUGCUUUAGACCUGCGUAAUCUUGGUCUAAUGCCCACUGAAAGGAAAUCUUUUCAAGGUUGUCCGCUAGAAUUUCGUUGCUAACCUUUCCUCGAAACAAACAAAUCGGACCAAUUGGUUUUCCCGGGAGCAAAAAUGGCGGAAAUAUUCGUUGUUGUUGCUGCUGCUGCUGCUGCUGCUGUUGCUUCUGUUGCUGUUUGCCCACGAUAUGCUCGUUUUGUUCCUGAUGCCCUUUUUCGUCAGUGCUGCUGCCAACGCUGCUGCCUUCUUCCUUUUUUUCCUGCAACAUGGUCCCCGAAAAGGGCUGCACCAUGUUUUCUAGAGACGUCAGCGAGGAAGAACUCACAACAACUAAUAUCGCUUGAUCUGGUCGAUAGUUGUUCUUGUAAAAGUCAUAGAGCUCAUUCGACACGUUAAUGUCCGCUAACUCCGGCAGAGUUUCGAGUGUUUCGAUGCUCCCUAGUGUGACUCUCGAAUAGGGAUGUUUCGGGUUGAUGAGGCUCUUCGUGAGGUAGAGUUCUCUCGAGAAUAGGUCAUUCUUAUCCAAUUCGGAGCUGACCCUUCUUAUUUCGCGCCGGAUGGUGUCCUUGUUCUGGCAGGUCUGGGCGAUGACCUUGUCCAGAAACAAAGUCGAAAAUCGAUCAAGGGCUUCCGCGAAGGCACCAGUCUCGCACUGAAAAUGAAAGCAGACUUUUUCGUACGCCGUAAAGCCAUUGCUAAAGCCCUCUGCGUAGUCUCCGUCGAGCCAUUCCUGAAAAUCGCCCUGAUUACUCCAGGAAGAUCCCGCUUUCGAAGAAAGCACCAUGUGCUCCAUAAGAUGGGCUAAUCCGUUGAGGUAGGUCGGAUCGGAAAAUUGUCCCGCACCGUUGAUGGUGAGAGCGGCACUCGAUUGUCUCGCCCUCUUGUCACUGACCAGGAGCACCUUCAUCCCAUUCUUGAGAAGUUUUAUGCUCUUGUACUGCCGCACCGAAGAAUACGGCGCGAACUCGUUAUAUGUGCUUGACAACGCGUAGCUACUGCUCUGGAUGGCAUUCCCGGACGCUUUCAUGGCAUCCUUACUACUGCCGACUAGUGUAUCGCUCGCAGUAGCGCUCGACGCUGCGAAUGCACCCGGUGCCAUGCCUGCUAAAAUAGAACUCCACGCUACGAAAUCCCGACGGCUCGGAUUGGCAAGGCUUCUCGGCAGUCGUUGUCGAUUCGUCUUCCAUUUUUUUUUAAUUUCGGGCUUGCAUUGCCUUCCAUUCGUACCACAAUCGUCACAACAUUUGUAACUGCUCUCGAACCGUUCCUCUGGAUAGCAACGUCUUGCGGUUGUGACCACCACAGUUCCUCUUCCAUCAGAUAUUUUCCGCGAAGUAGGGCAGUUGGAACGUAGUGGAUUCUGCCAGUGGAGAUUGGUUGCCCCACAGAAGGAAGGUGUUCCGGGAGGAACGAAUGCUUCGCAUGUGCUUGGUGGCGAUAACGUUAUCACCGACCACAGCAGAGCAAGCGCGACCAGGAAGUAGACCCAUGACCUAGAUGAAGACCUGGAUGAGGUCCUCCGAAAGAGCAACAACCAUGCGGACUUCAUGAGUCGCUUAAUGGGUUGAUUGUCAGUGUUUACCGUUUGAACAUGAUCUAGUACAUGCACCUUCGAGUCCAAUUACAGCAUCAACAAGAAGGGGGGCCGUUGACACUUUCACGGGAUUGCGGAACCGACUCUAAAAAGAAGAAUGCUAUUGGCAUCAAUAGAACAUUGUGAAUUCGAACGAGGUUGUCUGACUCGAACCGGAUCGUUGGGUGAAUCGUUCUGCCGUACCGAAUGUCGUAUCCCUCUGAGAGCAUUGCAGAAGAUCAUGAUAUCCAGAGAAUUCCGAAAUGUGCACGUUCUUUUGGUUGGUGACUCUUCCGAAAGCGUGUGGCAAGUGCCAAGCACACACACAAGUGAAGAUCGCACCGUACCACGCGAUACAAUAUCAUAUUUAUGUAUCAUAGGUAUGAAUCAUAUCCACAAUCUAAUAUCCUACAGACAGCAAUUUGUACUUAAAUGUAAUCUACAGUACUGAAUUUAAUACUCAAGGGACUAACAUUGUACUUAACUGGAGUUCCGCAUUUUCUUCCUCCUGUAAUGGUAGUACACAGGGGUCAUAAUUUAGACCCCUGCCAGUACUAUGUAUGUACUACUUUUUGUACUUCCUACUUGCAAUGGAUACGUACGUACUAUAUUGAAUCGAUACGCACGAUUCUUCGAUGAAAGGAAUGAAGGUACAUACCAUUCCUACAUACCUAUCAUAAGUUACUAUUCGUAUAUAUGUAUCAUAUGAUCCAUCGUAUUGAGGAUCCUAAGAGGUCCAAGAUACAAGGUGCGAGAAUACCUCACGAAGAACAGCGAGAUGUCACGAGUCCGGAAUAGAAGAACCUUCAUGUAGAUUCACUACCAGAUCUACAUGAGKAUCUAAUCGGAACUUUGGAAUUCUUGUGAAUGUGCUUGGUAUUCUUCGAAUAAUUCUAAUCUUAUAAUUUUCAAUUUACAUACACACUUGAACAUAGUACUAAGAGUACACCACAUAUCUCGUGCACAGUACUUGUAAUUACUACUCGGUUUUUGUGUAUCAAAAUUAAUCAACCAUUAAGAAAAACAAUCAAAAUAAUAAACCGACCAUGGUGGAACCAAAUAAGAACACCAACUCCUCUUCCAAACAACAUUGACACACACACAUCAAUCUCGAUGACCGUGAAUCUCAGAAACCCAGUAAGAAAGCUAAACAAGACCUGCUUAACCUUCUCUGGGGAACAUGGAGUACAAGAACUGUUUCAUGUGCAAGAAGACUUUGAAGAUGUAAUAUUGGACUUGGAAAUACCGGAGGAUAAAAUAGAUCAGAAGUGGCAAAUGGUCCUAGCGCAUAGGCCCAGACAGAAAUGGAAAAGCAUGUGGAACAACAACAGAUUACCAGAAAUAUCAAGAGACAGCUUGGCACAAUGGAAGGUAGCCCUCCUUACCUUCAGGAAGUUCUAUGCACCAUCCAAGUAUGCUAGGGGUGAUGUUGUUGAAUAUUUGGAAUCCGACGCUAUCAGGAAGCCUCAUGCAGUCUCCAGUGAAGCCCAUGCAGACAGAGUUCAAACCUGUUGUGUCAGAGCCAACAUCCUUCAUGGCAUCCAGGAACCUUUAUCAGAAAGAGAGAUCAAAAAGAUUCUCUUCAGGUCCUUCCCAAAUCCUGGCAGAAUGACUAUAUUAAGUGUGGGAGAAACAUCCUCAGUGAGACAAUCAAAGAUAUUGUGGAAUACAUGACAGACCAAAAAGGAAUAGCAGACGAUGAACAGCAACGCUCAAGGAAGAGACCAGCUGCAGCAGAUGAUACUAAUGCAGGACAUGGAGGAAGGAAUGGAAAGCAAAGGAGACGCAAUAACAAUAACAAUAACAAUAACAAUAACAAUAACAAUAACAAUAACAACAAUAACAAUAACAAUAACAAUAACAACAGCGCCGGCAAUGAAGAGGAGAGACAGAAGAAGAUCAAUAUCAAAGCCCUGCAGAAAACACAAUGGAAAGUGUCCAUUCAACAGGAAAGGUUACAAUUGGCAGGGUGAUAACCGGAGGAACAACAAUCAUAACCAUAGCUUCAGGAUAAAACUCAGACCAAUCACAGUUGGAGAAGUGUUCAUCAUGAAUUUCAGGAUGACAGCUGUCAUUGAAGACCAACUUAGUAGAUUUUUUGUGUUACUUCAAAUAAGCAAAUAUUCUGAAAGCUUGAUUCAAAUGACCAGUCUUUGCUUUGGCCAAAAACAGUGAUAGUAGUGAUAUAGGAUGAAUGAUAUCAAGGCGCCCCAGUUCACAUAACCUUGGUAGUAGUUCUGUGUCUGCUUAUCUAGUAGUAGCUACUACCAGUACUACUAGCUCAUUGUUUGCAGUACGGACAAUCUCAGUAAAAUCACAUUGAUAUGCCAAAAAAGGACCCCUUUAAGUAGCUAUUGCAAGUACGUCAGACACAUUGACUAUAUUCAAUCUACAUGACUGCUGUAUAACAGUGUAAUAGAUCUGUUUAGUGCAAAAACAAGAAGCAAUCCAAUCACCCAAAUAUUGAGCUUCUUCCAACCMAAGAGGUGCAAAGUGUAGCUAACUGGGAUACUGGAAUUAGUUGCUUUGACCAAGGGAUUCACUGUGGGUGUGUUGGCGCUUGUUAAUAGUAAUACUGUUACCAGAUAGCGUCAUGGCCAUGGUCAAGGCAAACGUUUGCGCCACGGUAAGCCAAUGUUCAUCUCACGCUUCAUCCCUUUUUUUGCUUUCCUUCUCCCUCUCAUCAGCCUUCUUGUCUCUUUCAGCUUCCCUCUUAUCAUGUUGCAUGAGAUACUCCUUAAGAACAGCAUCCUAUUCAGCAAUUAUCUUCUUCAGCCUUCCAUACGAUCUCUUGCUUCUUGGUGUUGCUGUCACAACAAUGGGCUUGUCAUCGUUGGUUGUGUCAGAAGUCAAGACCAUGUUGCUUGAUUUGCUUGCUUUUGCUGGAGUUAAACCAUUUUCCAAUACCUCAUCAUUCUCAUCAUUGAUGUAACCUUUGACUGGAUCAAAGGUCUCCUCUCCAGUACCAAUAUUUGCCUUUAUUCCAAAUCAAGUGAUGAGCCUCUCAUGCAAACCAGACAGACUCACCAGGGAUGUUUGGAUUCCCAGUAGGCAUCUUCUGACUUCUCAAUCAAUUGAACUUGGUUUUGAUGGAAUCCUUUGUUCUACCAUAGGGAUAGCUCUGUCUAUGUCUAUGAACCACCAUGAGCCAGUCACCCUUACCAAUGGGGAGGAUCUCCUUGAUGAGAGUCAUCAAUCAUGAGAUAAGCUCGUAUUCCGAAUAGUCUGCAGUUCUGGCCUUACAGCCCCACCCCUCUAGUACUUUUGAUUGCCCUCCUUGCGGAGGGACUGGCAGAGGUGGUGGCAGAGGCAAUUGGUCUCCAUUACAAGGAGGAAUGCUAGCAUAAGGACGACCAGUUGACAUCUUUGCUCAUGAAAUGAAUAUUGUGAGAGGGAUCCCACCCCACCCUCUACGUCUUGCUGUAUCAACGCCUGGUGCUUGAGACAAGGCCUCCAGCAGUUGUGCCUCUUUUUGUUUUGAUCUAAGAUACAGAAUAACAGUGACUAAGACAGGGGACAUCGUAUUCAUUGUCUGUUCCUUAAUGAUGACAAGCAUCAUAGUGCUGGCGCCUAAGGUGCCUCCUCCUAUUAGUAAAAUUUUUAGUCUCAAAUUUGGCGGGUCUUAUCAGUUGGGUCGUACAACAGAGAAUAUUGGAUUCCGGUUUAGUAGAUUUGGACUUUCUGUCAAGGCUGACUUGUGUGUUGACAGAAAGUCUAAAAAUUUGGACUAGAUGGUCUAUUUUUGGUCUGUCUGUCUGUCAAAAAGUAGACCAUCUAGAUUAACGGGGAUCGCCCAUUGUGUCAAAUAAAAUCCGCUUUUCCUGCGUUUUGAAUACUGUGUUCUCUUUUCCUUAGAUCUACCAAAAUUUGGAAGUUUGAUUAUGAGAUUACGAUCCACUCAACAAUCGUGACUGAAAAUAUUUUUGUGACGUCACUAGCGCGUUUUCGAACGCACUGAGAACAAUCGUCGCGCAAGUUCUUGACACGUGUUGGACACCUGUUUGAUCCUCACGACCCGAAAUCAUCCUUUCCUGGGAUUCAAUCACCGGUAGGCUACUACCUACGCUACGGUACUGUACGUACCGUACAUAUCUGCAGCGUGUUCCUUCACAACUGAAGUGACUGAAGGGGAAUUGUUCUUCGGAGGACGCCCUGAGGGGUCCCCUGGCCCUGACUACGUACGGUACAAUACUGUACGUACCACAUUGUAACGCAUGAUGUGAGAUGGAGGAACCGAUGUGAUUUUUGUUGGUGGAGGUGAUUGGUGAUUGGACAUCGGCACCACUCCUUCAAUCCGUAAGGUAUACGGUACGGGUAGAGGUCAAAUUGAAAUCGGACGAUCCAACGAUCUAUUGAUCAUCAAAUUUUUGCGUCGCUGGCAGCAUUGCAGUUGACACAAGUGCAAAACAGCCUCUGAUGAUGAUAUGUGUUUAAGGAGUACAACUACUUUGUAAUAUUUGAGAAAGGCAGGAUAUAAAUAAUAAAUAAUUGAAAAAAAAACAUCCUCUAGAAAAAGAGCAAACGAAGAAAAGCAUAGAAUUCCGGACUCAACUGGUGGAAGAAAACAAUACAGAAGUUUGAUAACAGAACGCCCCGCCGUUUGCUGCGAACAUAUGCGUUGCGUGCGACUAUUGGCAUUUUGACUUGGAAUAUUGAUUCUUUUGCACGCCGCAAGGUCUCUGUUCUGUUUGGAAACUAUGAAAGAGGUAGCAACUUCGGAAAAUUCUAGGCAGCGGCGGCGAAGGAGGAGAUCACCAAGCUCUUGCUCGAAGAAGACAUUAGUGAGGAAAUCCAGAGGAUUUUCCUUUCAUCAGUCACCACGGGAUAGGGUUCAGUUCGAUGUCACCCUCUGUGUGAUGGUGUUCUUCCUGCUAUACUCUACGGUAAAUGAUGCACCAGUGUUGGUAAUGUCCUUCGUACUGAAUGACUGUGGGCGUUGCCCACGUAAGUGCGGCAUGAUCCCAGAAAGGCAGCAGAGAAAAACUACGAAGAAAAUAGAAAAUGUGAAUCUGCUGCCACAUCUAUCUGCUAAAAGCAAACAAGAAUUUGGUAACAACAAGGAUGAUGAUGGCAAAGAUUCUUUCUUCGGAUCCUUCUUUAAAGAGAAUGACAAGAAGAAACCGAGCAUAGAACAAGACGAUACAGAGGAUUCAAAAGGCGUGCCCAUUGUCGGAAGAUUCUUCAAAUCCGACGAAGAGAAGGAAGAACGUAAGCGGUUGAAGAAAAAAGAAAAAGAGAAAAUAAAGAUGAAUCAAAAAGAGAAAAAAAGAAAAGAAAGGCAACAGCCGCAGGAAAAGAAAAGAAGCAAGAUUAUGCCUGCUGUCAAAAAUUAUUUCGAAGAGCGCCAAAUCCGAAAGGACGCUGAGGUGCUCCGAAAUCAGGUCAAACAACGAGAAAAAGCAGAACGGGCGCAAGCGGAAAAGGAUGCUGAAGAAUUGCGCUUGGAGGUCCAAAAGCGUGAAGCAAAACGAAAACAGCAGCGCGAGCAAAUACAACAGAAGCUAUCGUUGGCAAAAUCCUCGACUAGGAAGCCUGCCAACACCCGGGCACAGAAUAGUGUUGUCCAACGCCAACUAGUGGCCCAAAAAGAACUAGACAUCAAACAAAAAGAACGCAGAGAUCAGAGCGAGAACGAGAACGACAAUAAGGUAACAAGCAGCAAAUCCCAGCGCUUUGGUAAUGCAAUGAGUGCUGCCCAGAAAUUUGUGUCAGGAGUCUUUGAAAACGAUCAAAAGAAAAGGGAGGAAUGGAUCGUUGUUGCACCGAAGACGCGGAUAUCUCCGGGAGAAAUUGUGGCCGUCACCGCUGGGGGGAUCGAUCUCCUGCUAGUAGCCUCUAAGGAUGGUUCAGCAGUUCACUGUGUUGCUAAUUCGUGCCCCCACUUGGGUACACCUCUCGAAGUCGGAAGUCUUGAACGACUACCUAUCGAAACAUCCUCCGCCGCGCCGUCCUCUAAUUUUGUUGGUGACUCUUCCACCGACGUGAAACCCGUCAAAAGGAAAUCUUCAUCCUUUGCCAAUGAAAACGAUAUAGCGCGCAUGCUUAAAGAAGAUGGAUGCGAGGAUUGCAUCGUCUGUCCCCUACAUAAGACUGCCUUUGCACUAAAAAGCGGAGAAGUCCGUGGAGAAUGGUGUCCCUAUCCGCCUGUCAUUGGGAAGAUAACAGGCACUAUCGUGCAACAGUCCAAUCUUCCCGUCUUUGAUGUUCGAACCAAAGGUAAAAAUAUCGAGGUGCGACUAAAUACGCCAGUUGAAAUUAGCGACAAUUGAAACUUCCCGCCAAGGAGAAAUAUUCGAAAGCAACAGAACACGAAAUAAAUAAAUCCAGCUGCA